AUGCUAUCAAAGAGGAAAACAACCAUUAGAGGCAAGCAUGUGGGGAAAAAGAUACCUAGAAUAAAGCCUUCUCGGGCGCGCAAGAUAAUCCGGCGUUUUCAUCUUCUGAUCAACAAGAGAAGAGUAAUAUGCAGAAAGUUAGACCUGGCAAUUUCAGAUAACGAUGAGGCAACAUGUUCGGCCACUAUUUUAGAGGCUGUCAAUUCCGGAAAUUUGCAGAAGUUCUACGAGGAGGGAUGGAAGGAGAUCCGUCCUUCAAAUGAUCUCGAGGCCAAGAUGCUUAGCGUACAAAAUAUAACUGACAAAUCUACGUUGACCAGAAUCCUAGGUUACAUCAUGUGCGAGAUUCACGAGCAUGGCGGACUGAAGAAUUACCAAAUGGCAAGUACCAUUGGUCAAGACGGUGGCCGUGGUGGGGACUCUUCAAAGCUACUUGUUAAAUGGCUGCGAGAGCUUCCUACGCUACCUUCUGAUUUUCGCGCUCUUGAAAUAGGUUCUCUGAGCGCUCGCAAUUAUAUCUCUACAAGCGGGGUGUUCGACCAAGUGGUGCGUAUAGACCUAAACUCAAAUGAUGCAGCCAACAUACAAAGCCAGGAUUUCAUGCAGAGGCCCAUACCGAACGAUGAUUCGGAGAGAUUUGAUGUCAUAUCUUGCUCACUAGUACUCAACUUUGUACCGAGCCCAUUAGAAAGAGGCGCAAUGCUAAAAAGACUUCUCGCUUUUCUGAGACGGGAUGUUACUACGACUUAUGUUUUCAUCGUUCUUCCUCUUCCUUGCAUUGUGCACUCACGCUACAUGAGUGAGAGCUUAUUUUGCGAAAUAAUGGCAUAUCUCGGAUAUACCAGAACACAGUACUACGAAGCAAAGAAAAUCGCCUACUUUCUUUUUGAAAAGACUAUGAAUGCACCAGACACUUAUCAGAGAGACUCUCAACUGGUGCGAGAUACAUCCAAAUUCACUAAGAAGUUACUGAUCCACGAUAAACCAGGCUUAAAUAAUUUUAGCGUACUUUUAUGA